UGGUCGUCCAAAUCAAAAGGGACCUUAUGGCGGUAGCUAGUUUCCGAGAUAUUAAUAAAUUUGUAAAAUACCUCAAAAAAAAUCGUUUUUUUAUUAAUUGUAUUUUUAAAAAGAUGAUUGUAUUUACUACAUGUAGAUGUGUUCAACUUUUCGAAACGUCAAUUUAAAAAAGUUUUGUAUCCAUCUAAAGUUUAGUAAAAAAGGAACCUUAUCGCGGCAAGACCUAACAAAUAGUUUUUCUUGUAAUUUAAACCAUAUUUAUCGACAUUUGAAUAUUGCAAAGUAGGUAUAAACUAAACUAUUCAUCGUAUACCCGCCAUUUUAGUGUCGCACGCCGCGCUGCAUGCGGCAUUCUUUGUAUAUGCGGCGGUAUCCUUUGACAAGAAGCAAGGCUAGAUAGUUAUGUCUCGCUCACGCACAGUCGUCGUCGCGUCGCGGUUGCCGGUCGCACGCGUCGCUCGCACCCACUUUCAGUCAGUCAAGAUUUUGUGAUCCAACUGAACGACCGUUCGCGCGUGGUGCUCUCCGGAAGGAAAUUCGUUUAUCGUUUACACUUGAGGCUAUGUCCAUGCUUGAGGUAAGUUUGUAUCAUGAAGAUAUAAUCGAAUUAGUAUUUCUAUUGCGUACUCACUCCUGUUAUUUAUUAAAUUUUUUGUUUUAUAGAUUUGAAAUCAACUAACACCUAUACCAUCGCGAUGGAAGAGGAAACAGAAGUGAAUACUUAUAUCGAUACUACAGAUAGCCAACCAACAAUUAUUUCAAAGUCUCAAGAACUGGCACGUGACCAUAAAGAACUUGAGAACUUCUCAUCGGAUCACGCAUGUACAUCCCAGUGCAACUGUCAAAUAACUAUAAAAGGUAAACAAUAUUUUUACAUUGAUUUUAACAGUAAUCUUGCGUAGGUUAUGUCUAUCUCAUUUAUUUGUUUUGUUUUUUGUUUGUUAGUAGUAGUAUAGGUAGAUUAUUGUUACUGUCCGCGCGGAAUAACUUGACUCAAGAUGGCGCUCAAAUCGUAUGUACCAGCCUAUUCUAAUUAUCAUAAUAAAUUGUAAGAAAAAUUGUGAUGUGAAUUUUGUGUUAAAUAUACACUGAAUUUCAUUUAGGUAUUGACAAAAUCUUUGCUCAAAUUGUUGUAGGAAUUCAAUCACAUAAAACCUGGGAGUCAGAAUUAAGAACCUUCCAAGAUGAAUAUUCGAUGUAUGUCAGUAAUGUUAAAUUACCACAUCAACAAGCUGAUGGUGAAGAUGAAGAUUUUGAAACGGGUAUAAUAACACGAGAUAUAUUGACAGUAGAUUUCGUAGAAGGCGAAACUACUGACCUUGUAUCGAUUGAAGAAAAUAUAUUUUUUGAAAACGGGUGCUGUCAAAAGCAGUGUUUCAAGUUAUUUGCAAAGGAGGAAAUUUUAAAAUCUCGAUUUGAUUGUAUAAGUUUAAAUAGUAACUGUGAUUUUCACUCAAAUCAUCAAGACAUUUUGUUAACGGGUGCUUUAAACUGCUUGGUUGAUAAUAAUCCAGACACGUCAAAAGAAUCAAAGCACAAAAUAAAAAACAGGGAGCGUGCCGCGGUUAAGUAUAUGUUUAGGGGCAAAAUUGUCUGCAAAAGCUUCUUUGUUUUUGUCCAUGGAGUAGGUCCGAAAAAGUUUAAAAACAUUGUAAAACAUGUUAAUGAGCAUGGAGUAGAAUUAAAAGAGCAUAAAUUGAGCAAAAACAUUCAUCAUUCGUUUACAUUAGAACAACGUGUCACAGCUGUCACUUUUAUUAAAUCAUUUUCAGAACAAAAUUCUCUUGUGCUCCCGGGGCGUUUACCUUAUUACAGUAACCCAGAUCUUAACAUUUUGCCAAGUAGCAUGACAAAACAAUAUAUAUACGAGAAGUACGUUGAGGCAUGUACAAAAUCAGAAAAAACGUAUGUAGGUCGUUCUUCGUGGUACAAAAUAUGGGAUGAUUUUUGUCCUCAUAUUGUGAUUCAAAAGCCUCGUACAGAUCUUUGUCAUGUUUGCCAACAAAAUGUAAUGAGCAUUUCCAAAUCAAGAAAUAUGGACGAAGAAGUGAAAACAAAACUAUAUAUGGAAUCCGUAGAACAUUUACAAAAAGCUCAAACAGAGAGACAAUAUUAUAAAGAUGUAAUUGCAGAAUCAGCUUCGCAAGUUUCAAAUUGUGUUCUCGGCCCGCACCCUCCGUGCUCUUUUGAAGGCGUUCUUCAUAUUUCCUUCGAUUUUGCGCAGCAAAUUCAUCUUCCUCAUGACUCGCAACAGGUUGGCCCAUUAUAUUUUCUAACAGGGUACAAAGUAGCCCUUUUUGGUAUCGCUGUAGAACCUUUAGGCAAAUUUAUAUUGUAUGUAAUUCCUGAAGCUUGCGUUAUUGGAAAGGGGGCUAACGUUGUGAUAUCAUUGAUCCACAAUUUUUUUGAAACUUUGUCUUUAGGAGAAACCAACGUAAUCUGCCACGCAGAUAAUUGCUGUGGUCAAAACAAAAAUAACUAUGUUUUGCAAUACGCUGUUUGGCGUGUCAUGACUGCUAGACACAAGAGCUUUCAGCUGUCAUUUUUGCCUGUAGGCCACACAAAGUUUGCGCCAGACCAAUAUUUUGGCUUAUUUAAAAAAAAAUUUCGAAGAUCUGUUGUAAAUACCGUCAAAGACGUUUGCGAGAUAGCGGUUACGGCAUGUAAGCGAUCAAAUUCUAUAAUGACUGUUUUGGUAGGAAAUGAAUCGGGUGACGCUGUUAAUGUAAAGACAUAUGACUGGGUUAAAUACUUCACGGACGCAAAAGGUGUUAAGUUGCAAAAAUUAAAAUCCUUUUCUCAUUUCAAAACUGAGUCUACAUCGAUAGGGCUAUUGCAAUGCACAAAAAAUUGCUCCGGGGAAGGUCACAGUACGCAUGUCGUGUUCACAGAAAAUAAAUUUGGGGAUAGUAUGCCUACAGAAAUCGAACCUCAAGGCCUUUCUUCUGAGAGGCAGAAAUAUUUAUUUGAAAAAAUAAGACCUUUCGUACUUGCACAUUCACAAGAUAUACUUUGCCCACAACCUAAAUUAGCUAUUGCAAGCGAUCCCUUAGCACUUACUAAUUCUGAACAAUCCCAAUACACACAAGAACAUGUUGAACCAGGUGUUAGUAAAAUACAAACCAACACACUUUCUGUAACUCUCAAACGCAAAUCACCCACUUGCAGUUAUUGUGGAGAGUCUGGCCAUAGAAACCAGAUACGCAGUGGUAUCUACUUUUGUAAGAAAAGGAAACUGGAUGAACAAAAAUCUGAUUAGGGAAAAUUUUCCUACUAUGACGUAGUACCUAAUUACAAUACCUGGUCUUUCUUUUUACAGAACACAA